CCACAUUCCCGUCUUCAUUUAACUAACAAUCUCUCUUCAUGGCAGUAGCAACCAAAGAAGCUACAACAACAGAACCACUUCAAUUCCAGACAUGGAAUCUGAAGGUCUCGAUCCACUGCGAGGGCUGCAAGAGAAAAGUCAAGAAAGUACUCCAAAGCAUCGAAGGAGUGUACAUGGUCAACAUAGACUCACAGCAGCACAAGGUGACAGUAACUGGAAACAUCAAUGCAGAGACCCUCAUCAAGAAGCUGAUCAAAGAAGGGAAGCAGGCUGAGCUCUGGCCUGAGCCAGAGCCCAAUCCGGAGCCCAAUGAGUCUGGUGGCAGCAAGAAGAGCAAGAACAAGAAGAAGAAUAAGAAGAAGAACAACAGCAACGAUAGUCAGCCCAACCCCAUCAACGAACCUUCAAACAACCAAAAAAAGAAAGAACCCCAACACGAAUUAGAAGAAGAUGGCCCAGCGCCAAUGAAGGACAAUAAGGCAAUUAACCCUGGGGGAGGCAAUGGAAAUGGCAACGACAGUGGAGGUGAAGCUGCAGUGUCACAAAAUCAUCAGAGAGCUCCAGGACACUACAAUCCACCAAUGUACCCCACGCCUCCGCCAGUGGUGAGUUACAAAACCGUGCAGCCAGUGAUGGCUGGAACCUACUACAUCCCUGCAAUGGCGACGGUGAGGGAGGUGGGGAGGUAUGAUUACUUUAGUGAAGAGAAUGCAAACGCUUGCAGUGUUAUGUAAAAUGGAAUCUUAACUAGUGACUAUGUGCUCCCUCUUAAUGAAGAUUAUGUGUUGUAUUGGAUGAGAUUAUGAAUACGCCUAGCUUGUUUA